AUGAGUCUAUACGGGUCCCAGAGGGUGCUUUAUGUCAGCCGCAGUAUCGGGUCCAGGCCCGACCUGAGCGGCAGAACGGGACAAUAUGCCCAGAGCGAAGUGCACGGUGGUAGUGGAUACGGACAGGAGUACAUGGACGAUAAUACUUACAGCUACUCAAAGGCUUCCUUGCGAGGUGGUGGUGGAGGACAGGGACAGUUCCCCCUCAGUGGCCUCCACCAGAAGGCGUACAUCCUGCAGGGCCAGUGUCAGGACAACCUGAGGAAAGCAGAACACUACCUACAGGCUGGCAGCGAUUCUGGGCGCGGCACAGUGGAGGCAGAUCACCACAUGGCCCUGGCCAGAGAGACCAUAGAGCAGCUGAAGGCCUGUGCUCUGGACCUCAGACAGAUGGGACGACCCAAUGACAGCGUGGUCCGAAGUGUGGAGAUGUGUAGGGACCAGUUGACGGGAGUCCACAUGGCCAUAAACGGAACCAUGCAGAGGCGGAGCCGGGGGAGCAGAGGGAGUGGCACUUGGGAGGAAGCUGGGUGGAGCUUCAAUGAGGCCAUGGCCUGGAUUGGACACCAGAAGCAUCUGAUAGAGACCGCUCAGUGGGGAGAUAACUCUGCAAACAUUGAGCAGCAGCUGAUUAACCACAACAAGUUCCACAGCUCGAUACAGAGAAGCCCCGAGGUGGACAAGGCCAAGGUUGAACUGAUGAAGAAAGGAGACAAGGCCAACCAGUAUGCUCUGGAUCAGGAAUGGGACACGCUGCAGAAAAUGUCUCAUGGUCGUAGCAACCAGCUGAGGGAGCUGCAGCAGAUCAUUGAGGCGAUCAGUAGACAGAUCAUGUGGGUGAACGUGAGAGAGGAGGAGGAGCUGGUGUUCGACUGGGGGGACAAGAACAUCGACCUCUACAUCCCCAAGAAGCAGGAGAGCUACUCGAAACUGAUGAGUUCCCUGGAGGAGAAGGAUAAGGACCUGAAUAAACUGAAGCUGAAAGUGGACAGCCUUCUGAAGAACCCCCACCCUGCCUCUGACAAGAUCGAGGCCUACAUGGACACUCUGCAGACCCAGUGGAGCUGGCUCCUCCAGAUCACCAUGUGUAUCCAUGUCCACCUGAAGGAGAACGCUGACUACAGCCAGUUCUUCAAGGAGGCCAAUGAGAUGUACAAUAAACUGCAGAAGGCGCAUGAGAACAUGCGUAAGAAGUUCACCAGCGACAGAAACACGCCUCUUGAAAACUUGCUGGAACUACUCAAAGGCCUGGAGAAAGAGAAGGAGCGAAUCAUGGAGAAUAAGAGGCAGGUGCAGCACCUGGUCAACAAGUCCAAGAGCAUCGUGAGGCUCAAUCCACGUAACCCUGAAGAGGGGAAGAGCUGUAGUCCUGUUAUGGUACAGGCCCUGUGUGUCUUCAAACAAGACCAGAAGGUGAUUCUGAAGGGCAACGAGGGCAUACUGAAAGACAACUCCCAGCGCAGUAAGUGGCAGGUAACAGGACCAGGAGGACUGGACAUGCUGGUGCCCUCUGUCUGUCUGCUGGUGCCACCACCCAACUCCCUUGGCAUCAACCUGGCCAACAAGAAUGAGCAGUACUAUGAGGCCAUCCUGUCUGUGUGGAAUCAGCUCUACAUCAACAUCAAGAGUCUCAUCUCCUGGCAGUACUAUGUCCAGGACCUCACACGUAUCAACUCACUCACCGUCACCAUGCUGUCCCGUAUGCGUCCCGAGGAGUACCGCAGCAUCCUGAAGAGUCUGGAGGCACACUACUCAGAGUUCACCCACUGUUGCCAUGGCUCCGAGAUGUUCAAGGACGAGGACAAGCGGAGCAUCGAGAGCCAGUACACUGGAGCCCAUGCUCACUACGACCGCCUGCUGGUCCAGCUACCUGUUUACACUGCACAACAGACUGGCAACGAGGAGAAGAUCAAAGCAGAGGAGGAAGCCAGGAUACUGGCGGCCGAGAAAGGGGAAGACAAGGUAUUGGGGACUAAGCAAGAUCAUGUGAAGAAGGUAGUGGUGAAGAAGAAGGUGGCUUCGGUGACAUCACAGAGCCUGACGGAGCUGCACAAGCUCAGACUGAGACUGGAGGGGGCAGAGGCGGGGCUUACUCAGCACAUCCACAUCUGUCUGGCAGAGGAUGGAGCACACGACUGUGGCCUGAGGAUCACACAGCUAGAGUCUGUACAGCGGGACGUGGACUGUAUCCGCGAGGAGUACCUGCAUCUAAAUGAGCGUGUUCUGAAGGAACUGGAGAACGUGACUGACUCUGACAAAGCCACGUUCCUACAGAGCCAACUCGGCCUCAUCAACGAGAGACUGGGCAGUCUGGACGAGUGCUUCGCAGCAUACCUACAGAGGCUGCGGGCUCUAAGGGUCCUCCUGCAAAGUGUGUCCAGGGCUGAGGACAUCAUUAAGGUCCAUGAGGCCAGACUGACAGAGAAGGAGACCACGUCCUUGAAUCCUGCAGAGGUGGGGGACUACAGGUCCACUCUGAAGAGUAUGAGGGCGGAGCUGGAGGGGAAGAGGGCCGUCCUGGUCUCCAUGGAGACGGAGCUGGGGAAGGCGGUCCACUGGAAUGGCCAGGUGGGCGGAGCCUUCCACAGGUGCGACGUGGACCUGUCCAUAUACAGCGAACAGGUCAACCAGCUGUCUGAUCGCUGGAGACGCAUCCAGAGUCAGCUAGACUCUAGACUGCGGGACUUGGAGGGGUACCUCCAUCUGCUCCAGCAGUACACAACCACGAGCUCAGUCCUCAGUGAGUGGAUUGUUGCUACUCGUCAGAAACAUGACGCGCUGCAGGCCACCAAGAUAGAUAGCAUCACAGCCCUGGACGAACACCUCAACCAGCAGAAGGUGCUGAACUCUGAGAUCAAGGGGAAGAGGGAGAGCGUGGUGAGUGUUCUUGGAGACACUGACGCCUGCGUCAACUCCAUCAAGGACUAUGAGCUGGAGUUGGCCUCUUACAGUGCUGGUCUGGAGACACUACUAAACAUCCCUAUGAAGAGGACCAUGCUACAAUCUCCUUCUACGAAACUCACUGAGGAGACUACAUUGCUGCAGACCCGUUACAUAGAGCUGCUCACCCUGUCUGGUGACUACAACAAAUACCUGGGAGAACUACACAAUAACAUGGAGACGCUCAAGAUGCGUAACACCAGGAUCGACCUGUUGGAGGAGGAGCUACGGCUGCUCAAAGAGGACAUUGAGGACCACAACGUUAAGAACAGUUCUCUGGAGGAGGCGUUAGUCCGCUACCGGCUUGAGUUGUCCCAGUCGCAGGAGCAGCUCCUCUCUGUGGAGGAGGUGAAGAGGAGCACGGCCCUGCAGUGCAGCGCCACUCAGGACUCCCUUGCCUCCACCUGCGGCCAACUGAAGGAGCUGCAGGAGCAGGUGACCCGCCUCAACUCCCUCGUCGAGGAGGAGAAGAGGAAGAGGAGGAUGGCGGAUGAGCGCUACAGGGAGCAGCAGGAUGAGCACGAGCAGGUGCUGAGGAGGAGGCAGAAGGAGUUGGAGCAGGCCAACUGGGCAAAGAUGGAGGUGGAGAAGAGCGUGGGGACCCAGGAGAGGGAGGCAGAGCGGUUAAGGAAGCAGCUGGAGGAGGAGGAGCAGCGCUUCAAAGAGCUGGAGCAAGAGCUGUCUAAGACAUCCUGUCUGAUUCAGUCCACUGAGACCCAGUACAAGAUAGAGAUGGAGAGAGAUGCUCUGCUGUUGAAGCUAAAGCAGACAAACCAGGACAGAGCUCGCUCUCAGAAGCUAGAGGAAGAGCUGAACCACAUGAAAGUCUCUCUUGAGUCCGAGUCACGCAUCAAGCUGUGCCUGCAGGAGGAGAACGAGAAGGUCAAGAAGGACUUCCUGUACUGGAAGGGCCAGUACGAGUCCAAGGAAGGCGAGGUGAGGCAGUUUAACUCGGAGAAGGAGAAGCUGGAGCGGGAGAGGAGCUCUCUGAAGACUGAGAUAGAGCGGUUGAUGAGAGAGCUGAGGGAGGUGGAGGAGCGUUAUAAGAGCAGGCUGCUGAUCACCCAGACCCAGUUCUCUGAACUCACCUCCGUCAGAGACUCCCUGGAGGCAGAGUUGAGUAAACUCAGGGAGAGGCCCUACGCCUUCGCCAAACACACCCAGACGGACGAGAGCGGAAAGAAAGACCCCGCCACGCUGGUCUUCGAAGGUGUCCGCAAAAUGGUGACGGCCAAGCAGCUGCUGGACUGUGGGGUCAUCAACAAAGUGACUUAUGGACAGCUCCUGAACGGUCAGAAGACCGUCCGCGAGGUUUCUGUGGAAAUCAAACUCAAUCCUAAGGGGACUGGUAGUAUCUCUGGUGUGGCUGUGGGACCUCAAGGUAAAAUGUCCCUCACAGAGGCCAAGAGAGAGAACAUCCUCUCUGAAGACAGCGCCAUCUUGCUGCUAGAGGCCCAAGCUGCCACAGGCCACAUUGUGGAUCCCAGAGCCAACGAGAAGAUGACGGUGCAGGAGGCGUGCAAGAGAGGAGUGGUAUACGAGGAGGACAGAGAGAGGCUGCUGAUUGCUGAGGCUGCAUGUCUGGGGUACCGUGACCCCAACACCACCAAGCUCUUGUCAGCAGGCCAGGCUAUGAGGAAGGGCCUGAUCGAUAGAGUCACAGCUCUGCGGAUGCUCCAGGCACAAGAAUCAGUAGGGGGAAUCAUAGACCCUGUCCUCAGUGUCUUCCUCCCUAAAGAUGCAGCCAUGGACCGGGACCUGAUCGUCGAGGAUCUGGACCGAGCCUUGAACCAACGACCUGAGUGUUACUUGGACCCAGACACCCAGCUGGGAGCCAGCUACGUAUCCCUGAAGAGGAGAUGCAAGGCCGAACCCACCACAGGUCUCCUGACCCUCCCCGCUCCAGAGAAGCCCAUGACAGUGAAGGGUCUCAGGGGACAGGUGUCUGUCACAGACCUGAUGAGUGCUAACCUCUUGGAGAAAUCUGACAUGGACCAACUGAAGGAAGGCAAACUGACCAGCCAGGACAUCGAGCACCGGUUGAGGUCGUACCUCCGUGGCUCCACCUGUAUCGCGGGGGUCUACAACGAGGCAAACGACAAGACCUUGUCCAUCUACCAGGCCAUGAAGGAAGGGUUACUGAAGCCCAGAACCACCCUGGAGCUCCUUGAAGCCCAGGCCGCCUCUGGAUUCAUGAUUGACCCCGUCAACAACCUCUGUCUGACUGUGGUAGAUGCCUACAAGAGGGGCCUGGCUGGGCCGGAGUUCAAAGACCAACUGAUGUCUGCAGAGAGGGCCGUUACCGGGUAUAAAGACCCAGGCACGGACAAGAUCAUCUCCCUGUUCCAGGCCAUAGAGAAGGGGCUGAUCGAGAAGGGACAUGGGAUCCAUCUACUCGAGGCUCAGAUUGCCAGCGGGGGCAUCAUCGACCCCAAACACAGCCACCGCAUCGAGGUGGUGACUGCCUAUAAGAAGGGCUACUUCAGCAAGGAAAUGAACCAGAUCCUGACAGACGAAGGGGACAACUCCAAGGGCUUCUUCGAUCCAAACAACCAGGACAACCUAACUUAUCUUCAGCUAAAGAAACGCUGCAUCAUAGACCAGAAGACUGGCCUGGUUCUCCUCUCCAUCAAGAAGAAGAAGGAACCGCCUCAGCCCAUCACCCAGAAGAGCACUCAAAGGAAGAGGAAGGUGGUGAUUGUAGACUCAGACACCAAUAAGGAUAUGUCGGUGAAGGAAGCGUACGACAAGGGGCUGAUCGACCACGAGAUGUUCCUGGAGCUGUCGCAGCAAGAGUGUGAGUGGGAGGAAAUCACUAUCACCACCCAGGAUGGAUCCAAGAGAUUGGUCAUCUUCGACAGAAAGACGGAGAUCCAGUAUGACAUCGGAGAGCUGCUGGAGAAGAGUGUGAACAACCAAUCAUUGUACGACCAGUACAGAUCGCAGAUGAUUACUCUCACACAGUUUGCUGACAUCAUCACCAGCAAGACCAAAGCAAACAGAUCCUCUGCCUCGUCUUCCUCCUCCUCAUCAACAUCGUCAUCCAAAGCCAGAGCAGCAGCAACAUCAGCAGCAGCAUACUCAUCCCUGCUGUCUUCAUCAACCACCUACUCACCACGGAUCACUUCAACAUCAUCUACUUCCAUCAAGGCUGAGAAGACGAGCUCCAUCAUUGGCAGCUCUACCAUUGGACCCUCCUCCAUUGGCGACUGCUCCACCAUCACCAGAUCCACCACCAGCAGCUCCUUUACCCAGCCCGAUGGCCCUUCCUCUCCCAACACUCUGAAGCAUAUCGCCAGUAUCUCUGUCUCCCUGGCUUGCCCUGCUGAAGCUGUGGUCUUGGAUGGGGAGCAGAGCCCCGUGGGCGCCAUCUUUGACAUAGAGGCCCUAGAGAAGAUCUCCAUCUCCGAGGCUCACAAACGUGGGCUGGUGGACAGCAUUUCUUCCCAGAGACUACUGGAGGCCCAGGCUUGCACCGGAGGCAUUGUAAACCCUUCCGAUGGACGGCGCCUGUCCAUCCAGGAGGCCUCCAGCCAGGGGAUCAUCGAGAACGACAUGGCUACCAGGCUGAAGCCCGCCCAGAAGGCCUACAUCGGGUUUGAAGACAUCAAGUGUAAACAUAAAAUGUCCGCUGCUGAGGCCAUGAGGGAGAAGUGGCUUCCCUAUGAGGCGGGCCACCGCUUCCUGGAGUUCCAGUUUGUUACUGGAGGCCUGUAUGACCCAGAGCUUGGCCGCAGGAGGACCAUCAAGGAAGCUCUCAAAGAGGGCUGGCUGGAUGGAAGAGGGGCCCAGAAGCUCCAGGACACGAGGCACCAUGCCAAGAACCUGACCUGCCCCAAGACCAAGCUGAAGAUCUCUUACAAAGAAGCAAUGGAUAACUGCUUGGUGGAGGAGAAUACAGGAGUCAAGAUGCUCCAGGCUGCCUCUGCCUCCUCCAGAGGGAUCAGUAGUCCAUACAACUCAUCCACUCCCGGGUCCACAUCGGGCUCCAGGACCGGGUCGAGGGCGAGCUCUCGGAGAGGCAGCUUGGACCUGGGAUCAUCUGGCUCCUCCAGACGAUACAGCAUCACCUACAGCCGCACCUCCUUCAGUUCCAGCUCCAUGUCAUAGGGUGAUGGAGAAGAGGGAACAAUAGGGAUAACUAUUAAUUAGUUACGUUAACUUAGUCUUUGUCUUAACCUCUGCAUACUUUUAGUUUUUUGUUUCACAUAUGACCUUUUGCUUUACGUAUGUAAGGAAGCCCUGCUUAUUGGUCAGUUAGAAAUGUGUCUGUCCUAAAUAAAGAGGUCCCAUCAAAUGUUGCCUCUUCUGUUUAAAGUGGCAGCAGACUGAUAACAAUGAAACAAACACAUUCCUAGGUGUUUGAAUGGAAGAAAAAGACUGCAUGUAAAUUGUAUUUGUUCUCUCUGACAUCAUGAUACGAGCAUUUUGCUGCCAGAUAAUAUUUUUUCAAAACUGUUGUACUACAGUAUAAAUGUAUAAUUUUGAUGAAAAUAAUGUAACAAAUUUAUAAAUGUAUAAAAAGUUGGAUGGGAGAGGGUUAGUGUCUUAUGUGGGUUUUGGGGAACAUUCCUAAUAGGUGUGAGGUACAGUACUGUUGUGUGUUUUGGGGAACAUUCCUAAUAGGUGUGAGGUACAGUACUGUUGUGUGUUUUGGGGAACAUUCCUAAUAGGUGUGAGGUACAGUACUGUUGUGUGUUUUGGGGAACAUUCCUAAUAGGUGUGAGGUACAGUACUGUUGUGUGUUUUGGGGAACAUUCCUAAUAGGUGUGAGGUACAGUACUGUUUCGUGCAUGGGAUGUGAGACGGUGUCAUAAUAACAUUGCUUAGUGUUUAUACUGUUAGUGUAAUAUGGGGCUGUGUUCUUUUAUUUAACACAAUGUAACUAUUUUUCUAUUUCUCAAAAUAAAAUGUUACAUCCUU